AUGCCGCUCAUCAACGGCCAGAAGAUGGCCUGCGUCACCGCCGCCAUCCCCAGGAAGCAAAAAUGCGGCUGCGGCUCGAGUACCGCCGGCACGCCCACCGAGUCGUCCGCCACAUCCAGCGUCGUCAAGGCCGAGUCGCCCGCCAGCGAUGCCCCGCCAAUGUCACCGACAAAAGCCCCCGCCGCUUCCUUCCGAGUCCAGAAACCGGCCGCCAAAGCCGCCAGUCGCAAACAGUCCUUCGAUCCGGCCAACCUGGAGAGAAUGGACGCUGCUCAUGUCAACAUCCUGCCGCCCUACGACAUGGCCCAGGCGAACGCCUUGCCCCACGCGAACGGAAUGGCGGGCAUGCAGGCGCCAAGGCCCGGGAUGGAGUACGGGGCCAUGUCCAUGAUGGGCGCCGUCAAUGGAGGCUUCCACCAGCCCAUCAUGUACCCGAUGUUCCCGCAAAUGCCCGGCAUGUUUCCACCGGGGUCGAUGAUGACGCAGAAUGGUGCAGUAUCAACAGCGAGCACACCGAAAGUUGCGCCACCACCGGCCCCCCCAAAGGCAUCAAACGGAGGCUCUUGUUGCGGAGGAGCUGCGAAGGCUGCCGUUGCGCCUCCGGCGCCUACACCGACAACCGCCAGCACAGGAGGCUCAUGUUGCGGAGGAGCGAGCAAAAGUGAAGGCACCACAACGCAACCGUCCAGCGUCACAUCGAGCCCAAAGACUCAGCCGAAACCGAAGACGGGCGGCUGCUGCUCCAGCAAAGCGGCGCCACCUAUCAACACGAAUGUGGCUACGAACGGCCACCUGAAUGGCCAUAUGUCACCAAACGGAAUGGCCAUGUCCCCUUUCCAGACACCGAUUGCCAUGCCACAAGGCAUGUAUCAGUCUUACUUCCAGCCUACCAUCUUCACCUACCCGCCGCAGUACGGAUCCUACAUGUCGCCUCUGCAACCUGCUCAAUGGAGGCAGACAAUGGAGGCUCUGCAGUACGGACAGCCUUCGCCACAACCGGCAGGAUUCAACAUGCCCGCGCCCCUUGGCUUUGUACCUGAAGGCACGAAUCUCGCCAUGGAUGAAUCGACAUCGCACAUGUGCAGCUGCGGCGACGGAUGUCAGUGUGUCGGAUGUGCUGCCCACCCUUAUAACGACGCGACUCAGGAUUACGUGCGGUCUGCGUGGAACAGCAUGAUGGAGGAUGGAUAUGCAGCGACAAAUGGCGGUACGAACGGUACCCACGGCGCCAACGGGCACUCGGAAGCGACAACCAACGGAGCUGGAGUCCGUGGAGUCGAGAAACACACAAACGGCGAAAGUGGCGGCUCGCCCCCUGCACCGCAGACGCCAUCCGAUGCCGCAUCAGGCUUGAGCGAAGAACAGGCGCUGUCGGCCAGCGACUUCUUCUUCGUCACGUAUCCCUUUGACGGGGAUGGCUGCGCCGGCGAGACUUCGUCGUGUCCCUGCGGCGACGACUGUCAGUGUCUCGGUUGCACGAUACACAACAAUCCUUUGCCCGAGUCAUGA